AAAAAGGAAAAAAAAUAUUUCCACCACACCCACGAGGCCACGACUCCGUACCAUCCGUCGCCGCUCUCGAGACGCCACCGCCAUGGCCGCCUCCGCCCCGGCCGCCAGGGCUCUCGCCGGCGCCUCCCUCCCGCUCCCCCUCUCCGCGAGGCCGCGGGUUGCCUUGCUCCCCCGUGCUCCUCUUCCAACUUGUCGCCUCAGCCUCAGCCGGCCCGCUCAGCUGUCGGCGCGCGGUCGAUCGGUGCGGUGCCUGGCGCUGGGCCCGGAGAUGCGGGCGACGCUGGACAAGGUGGUGGAGUCGCACAAGGUGGUUCUGUUCAUGAAGGGGACCAAGGACUUUCCGCAGUGCGGAUUCUCCCACACCGUGGUGCAGAUCCUCCGUUCGCUGGAUGCCCCCUUUGAGACGCUCGACGUGCUCGCCAACGAGGCGCUCCGGCAGGGGCUCAAGGAGUACUCCAGCUGGCCCACCUUCCCGCAGCUUUACAUCGAUGGCGAGUUCUUCGGCGGAUGCGACAUCACCGUUGAAGCAUACAAGAGUGGAGAACUGCAGGAAACACUAGAGAAAGCGAUGUGUUCUUAGAGACCAUUGAACCACGAGUCCACGACAUAUAGUUAAUCAAAAUGUUGUAACUAUACAAUUCAGUCAUGUUGAAGAACUAGAGAUGCUAAGCUGUAGACAAUUCAUGUCCAAAUGUUCGCCUGCACCUUGACUGUGAUAAAUUUUCUGCAAUCUGUGGUCAAUCAUAAUUAUUUUGCAGUUUGUGGUCCAAAUGUUCCCAUGUAGUAUGUAGUAGUACUACCAGAUUAUUUCCUCCAUUUUAUUUUGAACUCCCACCAGUAUGUGUAAUCAAUUGGCUUCAUGAAGAAUUGCAUCUGUAUAGUUUGUUGUUCACUGUUUA